ACCAGGCUGGUGGAGGCCGGCCCCCAGCACAGGGCCCAGAGCAAUGGAGUCUAAUCCCCACCCACGGGUGCUGGGCAUGUGGGCGGGUGUCACGGGGCUCUGGGCACCCACACCCUGUGGCCUGCGGCCGGCCCUGUGCAGGGAGCGGGGCAGGGCCGAUACCCAGCUCAGGGAGCCAGCGGGCCCCUUGGGGUCGGCCUGGGGGCCGGGGGGGCGCGAGCCUGGGGGGGGGGCAGCAGGAAGCCCGCGGCGUGGUGGACGAAGACAUGAGCCAGGCAGUGCCCGGCUGGAGGGAUCUGGCAGGAAAAGAGGAACGGGGGGGUGACAACGAAGCUGUUUCAGCCCCCACCCCCAGAAAGGCUCGGUGCUGGCAUCUGCUCUGGCCCCGUGAUGCUCACCAGCCAGAUCGGGGGCAGGGGGAGCCAGACGGGAAGGGCCCUAGAGGUCAAUCACCUCCCCUGGCCAGGCGGGCGGGGGGCAGAUGCCGGCCAAUGAGCUCAGGGCCCCGCCCCACCUUGUACUCGGCAGAUGGGUUCCCCCUUGGGGAGCAGAGUCCUGGGGUCUGAGCCAAUGGGGCGCACCCCCCAGGUAGAGACCCUCCCCAAACAAGCCACCGAGUGGCACUGCCAGGCCUCCCGGGGGUGGGGAGAACAAACCACGCAGGGCAGGCGUGAGGGUGGGAACAACGGGGGAGCAGCCAGUCUCAUCCUGUCGCCCCCAGGGCUGAGCCGUGGGGCUCUGCCGUGUUACCUGGAUGGCCGGGAUCUGAGCAGGGCCCUGGGAAUUUGGGGGGAGCCGGGGGUCGUGGCUGGCAGUACUGGGGCCAGGCUGUGGGGUGAGAGCUGGGGAACAGCCCUGGCCCAGGAGAUGGGUGGCCAGGCCCAGGCGGGGAAGGGCCCGGGGCUGGCCGCAGUAAGGGGGGGCCCGUCUCUCGUAGCUGGAGAAGAGCGUGCGGCGGCUGCGGGAGAAGUUCUACGGGCGGGUGAGCGUGGAGGAGGCCGUGCUGCUCAUGCGUCGCUACCACAACAACCAUGCCAUGGUCUGCAAGGUCAUCGUGCUGUGCCGGGAGCAGCUGGGCGACGUGGACCCCCGAGGAGCGCCGGACUCUGGAGCACGACCCUGUGGUGAAGAAAGUGGUGGAGAAACUGAAACAAGAAGAGGAGCAACAGAAACAGAAACCCAGCCUCGACUGUGAGAGCGACAAGGACAUCGAGGCCAUAGCCCAGCAGCUGAAGGUGCUGCCCCUGACGGAGCGGAACCUGCGCAUGUUCGACCACGCCAGACGCAACCUCAUCCCCUCGGCCGAGCGCCAGUUCGCCUGCCAGGCCUGCGACAGCGCCUGGUGGCGCCGUGUGCCCGAGAGAAAGCAGGUGUCCCGGUGCCGGCUGUGUGGGAAGCGCUACGACCCGGUGCCCUACGACAAGAUGUGGGGCACAGCCGAGUUCCACUGCCCCUCCUGCAACCGCAGCUUCAGGGGCUCAGCGCAGAUGGGUAUGGCCUCUCCCUGCUUCAUCUGCAGCACCCGCGUGCUGCCCGAUCGCAUCCUCUCACCGCACCAGGUUGCCGGGGCCCGGAGCCGCAACCCCCACUCUUGCUACGCUGAGGACUGCUACAACCGCCGAGAGCCCCAUGUGCCCGGCACCCACUGCGUCCACCCCCGCAGCCGCGCCAAGAACAGACUCCCCAAGGUGCUGUUUGCCAGCCUGGAGCACCAGAGCACCGGCUCCACCGUGGCCACCUGCCUGAGCCAGGGCAGCCUGGCGCAGUGCGACCUGGACGAGCUCCUCCUGGAAGACCUGGCGGAAGAGAGCGAGGGCUCCGAGGACUAGCGCCCUGCUGGCCCUGGGCCCCUCCGCCCCAGGGCUCUGUUUGCACUUUAUCCUUCUCUCGGCUUUUCUCGCCCGGCCAGGCCAACCCCGCUCCUCGGAGCAGGUGGGGGCCCUCUCUGGGGCGGGGCGGGGGCCUGUCUCUGCCCAGCCCUGGGGGAAGCUGCACGCCGGCCUGGUGCUGCCGGGGCCCGCGGGCGCAGGGCCUGGCACCGGAUCUUUUCCUCUUUGUGUAACUCUUACAGAACCAGGGUCUGGAGUGCCCCGGGGUCCCCUCCCCGAUCCCGGGAGUCAGGGCCUGGAUUUCGGCUGAUUGCCGGCUCCCUUGUAGCUCUGUAUUUUCAACGAGCUGCUGCUGGCCCUGGCCCUGGGCUUGCAGCAUUGACCAAAGCCGAGCGGCUGGACGGGGGUAGGCCGGCUGCCCCUGGGACCAAGCAGGGCGGGCGCAGGGGACAAGUCUCCCCGUGGCCCUGCCAAAGACGCUGCCCUCGUCCCUUUCCGCAGCAGGCUUGGCUGUGCCAGCCUGUCUGUCCUGUGUCUGUCUGCUCCGGGCACGAGUCAGCUUUAACCCUAAGUGCCCGUCCUCCCCUGCCGCCCCGCGUGGGGGUUUCUGGGAGACGCCCGUCACCGUGGUUACAGUUUCUUAGCUGCCUUUUUAUAAACUGAAUAAAGAAUGUUUGGCACA